GAAACGCGCAGGCGUUGCGGAGCUGCCCCUGUGUCUGUGAGUGAGAGUGGAGUCUCAGAGUGAGGAGUGCAGUGGUGGCAGAUCUCAGCACAGGGGCACAGGAGCUGAGACACACUGCCUCUCUGUGUGUGUGUGUGUGUGUGUGUGUGUACGUGAACAAGGCCAAACACUCCACCAGGCUGCUUUUGUCAGCUGCACUCUUAUGUGACACGAGUUGAAUCCUCGUUAGCUCCAGGAUUGUGUUUCCACGUUUUUUUUCCCCUCUGGGAAGUUUGUGUAUGUGUGGAGGGGAGGGCGAAAGAAUGGAUCCAGUGCCGUUUUUGGUUCGGGACUAGGAUUGCACUGUAUGUUGGGGGGUGGAUUUUAAUUAAGAGUGCGGACGGGCUAAGGAGGGAGAGAGAGAGAGAGCCGGCCCCUGCAAUCUCCCCCAGGUCAGCCCCAAUAUCGAUGGGAGUUCUCAAACUCGGGGCUUGUUUGAGUGUUCCUCGGGGACCAUGUCUGCCAAGGAGAAUGCAGCUUGUAGAAAAUUCCAGGCGAAUAUCUUCAAUCACAGCAAGUGUCAGAACUGUUUCAAAUCCCGGGAAUCGCAUCUAUCCUCCGAUCAGGAUUUGACCCAGGCAAAGCCGAUCUAUGGGGGCUGGCUAUUGCUAGCUCCUGAAGGAACUGACUUUGAAAAUCCAGUGCAACGAUCAAGGAAAUGGCAGAGAAGAUUUUUUCUCCUGUACGAACAUGGCUUACUGCGUUAUGCAUUGGAUGACUCGCCCAGCACACUUCCGCAAGGCACCAUCAAUAUGAAUCUCUCCACUGAUGUCACUGAUGGUGAGAGCAAGACAGCUCAGAAGAACUCACUUUGUAUUGUCACGCCAGAGAAGCACCAUUUCAUUCGUGCAGAAAACAAAGAGACCAUAAAUGGCUGGUUUGAAAUGCUGAUCGUGUAUCCACGCACGAACAAACAAAAUAUGAAAAAGAAAAGGAAAGUGGAACCCGCCACACCACAGGAACCGGGACCUGCUAAAGUUGCAGUUACCAGUAGCAGCAUGCCAGCUGCUGAGAAGGUCCCAAGCACUAGGUCAACACUCUGGCAAGAACAAGAAGAACUGAAAAAUAAAGAGCUCCAUGUCAUCAGUCCCAUCAUGAAAAGCCCUUCAGAAAACCAGUCUUCCAUUGUUCUGUCUUCUGAACCAUCAGCAGUACUGAAAGAAGCAGCCCAGAGUGUGAUUGAUAUUAAUGAGAUGGACAGUCAGCAGAAAAAGCGUGUGGAGAGUGGCUACUUUUCUCUGGAGAAGCUGAAGUCCGAAACAAAACAUCUCAUCACCCCUCCAAGAAGCAUCAUCACCAGCAGCCCUUCCCAGAGCUCCUUCGAUUCAGAGACCAGUGGUACCACGCUGUCGAGCAUUGAAAGUUCAAGCAGCAGGGUUGGGGAAGGGUCAAGCCAUUCUCCAGCUACACGAAUAAAUCUGGACUAUGCCAAAAUGGCAGAUGUCCCAAAAGCCAAGAGGAUCAGCGACAAACAGGCCUUCCAAGCAAGUAAGGACCAGGAGCAGCGGUUUCGUACCUGCAGUCCUGGCAGAGCGGAGUUGACACGUUUGUUUGGCUCAGAACGAAGGAGGUCACAGGUUAUUGAACAGUUUGAGACCCUGGAGAUGAAGCGAGCCCAGCAGAUGGCAUCCAAUCCCUCUUCUGAGUCUGAUUUUCACAACACAAGAUGCCGAGGUCGAAGCGAGAAGAGAUCCUACCCAAGGCAAAGAGAUUUUGUAUCGGAGUCAGACCAAGUCAGCUCUCCUCCAGAUGUUUCAGCCGUGACUCUUCCACAGUACCGCAGGGCAAAGUCACUGGACAGGAGAGCCACUGAGUCAACAGUGACGCCAGACCUACUGAAUUUUAAGAAAGGUUGGAUGACAAAACUCUCUGCAGAUGGUCAGUGGAAGAAGCAUUGGUUUGUCCUGACUGACCAAGUUCUGAAGUAUUACCGAGACUCUGCUGCAGAGGAGACUGUGGACCUGGAUGGUGAGAUUGAUUUAAGUAACUGCUACGAUGUCACUGAAUAUGAAGUGCCAAGGAACUAUGGAUUUCAGAUCCAUACGAAAGCAAAGGUGUACACGUUGUCUGCCAUGACGUCAGGGAUUCGCAGGAACUGGAUCCAAGCGAUAAUGAAAAAUGUGCAUCCUGUCACUACACCAGAUGUGACCAGGAGUAUCCCAGAGGAGAAAAUGAAAGUAAGAAGUCUGUUUGAAGGCACAUCAGUCAAUGGGGAAAAGCCAGCAUUAACCUCAAAAGAUGGACCUGGUCUAGAAGCUGAACCGAAGAAAAGCAGGGCCUUGGAACGAAGAAAAGAAGGACGCUCCAAAACGUUUGACUGGGCAGAAUUUCGUCCAGUUCAACAGUGGCACAGUGGAGGUCGUGUUCAUAGACCUACUUCCAUGUACAUCAGAGACAUGGCCAAUCCUGCAACAGACUCUCAGGAAUUGGAAAAAGACCGUGCCCGGCGACGAGAGGAAAGGCGCAGACGAUUUGAGACAACUGAUGUUGCUAUUGCCCCGGGUCACAAUGAUGUGAAUAGGAUGGAGGUAGAUGGAGCCAUCACAACCACCAUAUCCCCCGGACCUAAAAGCGUUGAUGUUGAAAUUGAACAUAGAUGGCAGCAAGUGGAAUGUACCCCAUUACGUGAGGAGAAACAAGUUCCUAUCCUCACUACACAGAUCUCCAGCGAUGGAAGACCUCCUGCCCAGGACUUGGUCUCAAUACUGGAGAAAGAGUUGGAGCAAACUCACCAGGCAGUCUUCAGGCUGCAUGAACAAAACAAGGAGUUGCAGGCGCAGCUCAGGGCUGCUCUGGAAAGGGAACACAAUGCACGGGAUGGUUAUGUGCUGCAGGAAACCUGUGAGCGUGGUUUCACAGCGAUGGAAGAAUCACACCAGAAGGUGAUUGAAGAGCUACAAAAACAGCACCAACAUGAACUGGAGAAACUACAGAAGGAGAAGGAUCGCCUACUGGCUGAGGAAACUGCUGCAACUAUAGCUGCUAUUGAAGCAAUGAAGAAUGCCCACAAGGAGGAGUUGGAGCGAGAGUUAGAGAAAACCCACCGGUCCCAGAUCAGUGGCAUGAAUGCUGAUAUAGAGGCUCUGGGUAGACAGCAUGAAGAGGAGAUGGGAUCUGUCCAGCGGGAGCUGCAGGUUUUGUCAGAGCAGUACUCCCACAAAUGUUUGGAAAACUCUCAUCUGGCUCAAGCAUUGGAGGCCGAACGGCAGGCACUUCGGCAGUGUCAGCGUGAGAAUCAGGAGAUAAACGCUCGUAACCAGGAACUAAAUAACCGCCUGGCUGCGGAAUUUGCAAGGUUAAGGGCACUAGUUACCGAUGAGGGGAAGGGAGGGGAUGCUGGCUCACCCCUCUCACUAGGGAAAGAUGUCUAUGAACUGGAGGUUUUAUUGCGGGUCAAAGAAUCUGAAAUUCAGUAUCUAAAACAAGAGAUAAAUUCUCUGAAGGAUGAACUACAGAUCGCACUGCGGGACAAGAAGUAUGCUACAGAUAAGUAUAAAAGCAUCUACACAGAGCUUAGCAUUGUACGAGCAAAGGCAGACUGUGAUGUCAACCGGUUAAAAGAACAACUAAAAACUGCUACAGAAGCUCUGGGAGAGAAGACAGUAGACUGCUGUGUUACUAGUUACGAUAUCAUGAAGUCAAAGAGUAACCCAGACUUUUUCAAGAAUGAUAAGCCAAACUGUAGCAGGUCUAUGAGAACUCUGAGGUCAAAGAGCUUGAAAGAAGGUCUCACGGUUCAAGAAAAGAUGAAGCUUUUUGAACCCAAGGACUAGGAGAUUUCUGCAUUCAACACUGCCCUAGGUCACAGCCUCUCUCUCUCUUCAAUAAACAGACUGCCUCACAUUGUAAUAAUUAAUCCUAGAGGGAACAAACAGCUAGUUCAUUCUGACUUUGCACAUUAGCCCAUAAUGUGACAUUUAAUUAUUAGCAUAUUCGUAAAUCCAUGUCAAUGUUAUGCUUAAUCUGUGUUAAAUGCCAAUGAUUCUCUUAAGUAAAGUAACCAAAAAUUGUUUUAAAAUGUGGAAAUUUGUCCUCUUACUUUUAGGAAAAUAAUUUAUUUUCACAAAAGAAAUCUGGUUUUGCUAGCCAUUACAUCUACAAUAUGUUUACUGCUUAGACUCCCCACGGGCGGAUGUCAGGUGCUGCAAUUGUAUUAAGGUGGAAAGGUUUCCUGACUUGGCAAUCUACUUUCCUGUUUAUUUCUGGAAAAGUGUGGUAGUGGCUGUGAGAGAGGGAGUGUAGGUUCCUUCAAAAGAGACAGGAGUGUCCAGCAACACUGCAUGGUUUAAUGGGGGUCAGGACAUGCAAAUACUAACCUUGUUGGUUACAACAGUCUAUUUAAGCACUGUCUUUUUAUGCUUACUCAUUUUUAUUCACUAAUAACUGCUUCAACGUAAACCAUUGUUGAAGAGGGAAGCUUCAACCAGGUGUUGAGCUCUAUCAUGCGUAAACUUUCUCCUGUUGAGAGUGUGGGCACAAGGUAGGGAGCAGGAUAUGCAUCAUUUGCUUCCUGUCUGCUGUGUUAGAGGUAUUAACGGCUGUUUAGCACCAAGAAAACAGAUACUGCUCAGUCAUAUUUUUAAGUCUUAAAGUCAAAAUGUACACUACAACAGAGCAGUAAAAAAUGAGGUCUGCAGAUGCUGGAGAUCACAGCUGCAAAUGUGUU